AAUUUAUUGAAAAAAAAAACAAGUGGUGGGAUCAGCUAGGUGACGUUUAGAGGAGAAGAUCCAAUUUCACUUUGGGAUUUCCCUUCUUCUUUCUCCUUUUUUGUGUUCUAUUGACUGACACUUUUCUUAUAAAUCCCAAAAGUUUUUCUUUUUUCCUGCAUUCAUCUAAAGUUUUUAACUUGAAUUUCUCUUUAUGGGCACAAUUUUGGAAACUGAUUCUCACGUUGGAGAAAGCAUCUCCAAUGGCAUAAUUUAUGAUUCUUCUAAUAAGCCUGAAAAGCUUAUUAUUGAUACUGAUCCUGGCAUUGAUGAUAGCAUGGCAAUCCUAAUGGCCUUUCAAACUCGAGAAGUAGAAAUCAUCGGGUUGACAACGAUAUUUGGAAAUGUCAUGACUGAAAAUGCAAGUAGGAAUGCUUUGCUCCUGUGUGAGAUUGCUGAACGUCCUGAUAUUCCGGUCGCAGAGGGAAGCCCUGGGCCUUUGAAGGGUGGCAUACCACGUGUUGCUGACUUUGUUCAUGGUUCUGAUGGAUUGGGCAACAUACAUCUAUCACCUCCCAACGCGAAAAAAAUUGAGAAAAAUGCUGCAGAAUUUUUGGUGGAUAAGGUUUCUGAAUACCCUGGUGAAAUAUCGAUACUUGCGUUGGGGCCAUUGACAAACUUAGCCCUGGCAAUCAAGAAGGAUUCAACCUUCGCAAGCAAAGUGAAAAGAAUUGUGGUUCUCGGGGGCGCAUUCUUUUGUGUUGGAAAUGUUAAUCCUGCCGCUGAAGCAAAUAUCUACGGAGACCCUGAGGCGGCUGACGUAGUUUUUACUUCAGGGGCAAAUAUAACAGUUGUUGGCAUUAACAUCACAACCCAAGUCAAAUUUACAGACUCUGAACUUCUUGAGCUAAGGGAAUCAAAAGGAAGACAUACACAAGUACUCACUGAUAUGUGCAAAUUUUACCGUGAUUGGCAUGUGAAGUCCGAUGGUGUACAUGGUGUAUUCCUUCAUGAUCCGGUUAGCUUUGUAGCACUUGUGAGGCCAGAUCUUUUCACGUACAAGAAAGGGGUCGUGAGAGUUGAGACGCAGGGCAUCUGUGUGGGACAUACAUUGAUGGAUCAAGGGCUUAAAAAGUGGAAUUCGGAAAAUCCAUGGACAGGAUAUUCUCCGAUUUCUGUAGCGUGGACAGUUGACGUCGAAGAAGUUAAAAUGUACAUAAAGAACCAACUAAUGCAGAUUUGAAGAUUGAAUGAAUGUGUUGUUAAUAUUGUAAAUCUCUAUGUUCACCCACAUAAUCUGGGCUGAUUAAUUUGCUUCAGCUUUUAUGCUAGCAAUGCAUUUGUUUAUUCAAACACUCUCUUCUUUGUUAAUCCCUUCAAUGCAAUCUUAUUAACUUGUUCUCGUUGAUCGUUGUUGUUAUCAAGUUAUUCCUAUAUUGGGUUGUGAAUGAGUUGAUGUACUCGUGCGCAGCUCGAGAAUAAGCUCGGUUAAACUCGUUUAUCAUCGAUAGACAUUUAAGCAAAAUUUCAAGCCUUGUUUGGUUAAACUAAAAAGCCUAACUUGAACACUUUGAUGUUCGAUUGGUUUAUUCUCGUGAACGUUUUUGUUUGUAUUUCUUUAUGAACUUGAUCUGGAUAAUAUGUUUAAAGAUGAUAAGGUCUCUUUCACAACAUAUUAAAUCAGUUAAAGUAUAUUUUAAACUUUGUUAUUUUAGCGAAUAUGAAUAUUGCAGUAAUGAUUAUGGGUUACGGUCUU